AUGUCGGCCAGUAUAGACUCGGAAACGCUCAAGCAGUACCUGGCUGAUAGUCCACCUACUGUCGUACCUCUGACCAUCAAGCCUCACUUUGAUGCAUUGAACGACAAAGAGCAGCUCUAUGCACAUCAUCUCUCAGUUGCCUGCUUUGCUGGAACGCGCAUCGUUCUCCGCCAAUGCUCGCCCGAGUCCGAGCACAUCUACGACUUCAUCGUCGCCCUCCACAAGCAUGCCAAGGGCGACUACGCAGCACUCGCCAAAGAUACAGGUCUCUCCAAGGAGGAGAUUGCUGAAUACCUCAAUUACUCUGCACAGUUCUUGGGCAAUCUAGGCAACUACAAAUCAUUCGGAGAUUCCAAGUUCGUGCCCCGACUCGAGCCCCGACAGCUGAAGGCACUCGCAACUUCCUCAAAGGACAUCCUAUCCAUCUACGAGAAGUUCAAGGACGCAAUAUAUGCCGGAAAUGAUGUUGGAAAGCUUCAUUUGGGCUACCCGGGCGCAGGGCACAUCUCAACGUACUAUCCCGACAGUCCUGACAUCACCAGUGAGCAGAUAUCUACAGUGAGCGACUUCCUGGAGUCAAAGGGACUGCUCCCAGAAAAUACGAGAGUCAAGAAGACCAAGGAUGGGUAUAAGGUUCUCAUUGCUUCGGCCUCAGACAAUCCAUCUGCAGAGCAACGGGAUCUAAAGGAGAGCGAAUGGACAAUGGACAAUGGAGAGAAAGUGAAGUUAGUAUUCGGUGACUACUCCAAGGAGAUGGACACCAUUGCGCAUCACAUUGAAGAGGCAAAGAAGUAUGCAGCCAACAACCACCAGAUUGAGAUGAUGGAGGAGUACACCAAGAGCUUCAGAACCGGCUCACUGGAGGCUUACAAGAAGAGCCAAAAGGCCUGGGUACAAGACAAGGGUCCUCUGGUAGAAUCCGACAUUGGCUUCAUCGAAACCUAUCGCGACCCCCAUGGAAUCCGAGGUGAAUGGGAAGGUUUUGUUGCCAUGGUCAACAAGGAGCGGACCCGAGCAUUCGGAAAGCUCGUAGAGACGGCACCACAGUAUAUCCCUCUACUGCCAUGGGACAAAUCCUUCGAAAAGGACAAGUUCUUGAGCCCUGAUUUCACAUCACUUGAGGUCUUGACGUUCGCUGGUAGCGGUAUUCCUGCUGGCAUUAACAUUCCAAACUACGAUGACAUUCGUCAGAAUUUCGGCUUCAAGAACGUUUCACUAGGCAACAUUCUCUCCGCUAAGGCGCCCAAUGAGUCUGUUCCUUUUAUCAAAGAAAGUGAUCUGGCCACGUACCAGAAGUACCGCGAUCCCGCUUUUGAGGUCCAAGUCGGUCUCCAUGAGCUCCUCGGUCACGGCUGCGGCAAGCUACUGCAAGAGACAGAACCGGGCGUCUUCAACUUUGAUAAGGAGAAUCCACCCGUGUCACCCCUUUCCGGCCAACCGAUCAAGACAUGGUACAAGCCUGGGCAAACAUGGGGGUCAACGUUUGGUACCAUUGCAGCUUCGUACGAAGAAUGUCGUGCUGAGUGUGUCGCCAUGGCGCUCUCGUGCGAGUUCCCCAUUCUACAAUUGUUCGGCUUUGGCAACGGCGAGGUCGACAUGAACGGUGAAGCCGGCGACGUUCUGUUUACGGCAUACCUCCAGAUGGCACGCGCAGGAAUUGCGGCGCUGGAGUUCUGGGAUCCCAAGAGCCGAAAGUGGGGCCAAGCCCAUAUGCAAGCCCGCUUUUCUAUCCUGCGCACUUUCCUAAAUGCCGGUGUCGAGUUCUGUCAACUCGAAUGGGAAAAGGAGGACCUGUCCGACCUGACCAUCCGCCUGGAACGUGACCGCAUUCUGGACCUUGGCCGCCCGGCGGUCGAUGACUAUCUCCAGAAGCUCCAUAUAUACAAAGCCACGGCAGACGUUACAGCCGCAAAGAAAAUGUACGACGAGAUCACGAGCGUGGAGCCUUUCUAUGAAAACAAGGUUAGACCAGCGGUGCUAAAGAAGAAGACACCAAGAAAGGUGUUCGUGCAGGCCAACACAGUUGAGAAGGAUGGCAAGGUGAAGCUGGUAGAAUACGAUGCGACCAACGAGGGUAUGAUCCAGAGUUGUGCAGACAGAGACCUGACAGGCGGAAAGGCUGGUCGUUGGAGGAGUAACUUUUGGCAGUCCCGAUUCGCCCUACUGCAUGUCAUCGGGCGGAAAGUCGCCGAGAUGGGAGCUGCCCUUAGUUCCGGCAGCUGGGGCGCCAAGGCAGAGAAGUGUGGAGGUGGAACAUGCUAG